AUGCCCGGACAAGCGCAGGAAAAGCCGCCGGCAGUGGAAGCUUCAGCAGCCGCGGCAAUUGAGGACGACGAUGAGCCGGACGAGUGGGACAAACGGAUAUUCAGCACAGGAUGUGCAGACGAAAACGCCAAGAUGACAGACUGCUACUACGAAAAGAAGGACUGGAGAGCAUGUGCAAAAGAGCAAACCUUCAGCCAUUGCUUCCAGACUCUCACCGGACAAACACCCCCUUACAAAUUGUUGGCCAGCUUGAUCUCCAAGAAAGUCAACAUGCUUCCCGCACGCAGAUCCUUCGCCGUCGCCUCGCGGCCUCUCGCCCGCCUCCCCCUCAGACAGCUCCAAGCCCCAGCACGCCUCUAUGCCACAGACUCAGCAACACCAUCAACGACGUCCACAACGGAAGACGCAUCAUCCUCCGCACCGCCGCCUCCCGCAAAGCCAAGCACCUCCUCCUCCUCCUCCUCCUCCUCCUCUCCCGUCCCGCCGAGAUACGCAAAGCCCGCUCCCAAGCCGACGCCCAAGCCCGCGAUAGCAGCCUCCGUGCCCACCAGCUACAGCGACGUCGUCUACCAGGCCAAGAGCAUCGCCUACGAAGACGCAAGGGAGGACAAUGCCGCCGACCUGGCGGAGCCGGUCAGCGUGGACUGGACGAGGAGCUUCUACGGGAUAUCCGCCCGCCCGGUGACGGAGAAGCAGUUCAAGGUCCUGAUGCAGCCCCUGGAGGAAAAGGACAUUGAGGUCAAGCCCGACGGCGUCGUCUACCUGCCGGAGAUCAAGUACCGGAGGAGGCUGAACGAGGCCUUUGGCCCCAUGGGCUGGGGCUUGAUUCCAAAGGGCGAGGCCGUCGUUGGCGACACCAUUGUGACGCGGGAGUAUGCGCUCAUUGUGGAUGGCCGCUUUGUCUCGCAAGCCCAGGGCGAAAACUCGUACUUCUCAGCCGACCAGCUGCCUUCCGCCGUUGAAGGAUGCAAGUCCAAUGCCCUGAUGCGUUGCUGCAAGGACCUGGGCAUCGCCUCCGAGCUGUGGGAUCCUCACUUCAUCCGCUGGUUCAAGAAGAACCACAUGGAGGAGGUGUGGGUAGAGCACGUCACGACCAAGAAGAAGCGACUUCAGUGGUACAGGAAAGGCGACGUGGAUGUGGCAUACCCUUACAAGAUCAGCAAAUAAGGUGCUUCAUCCAUCCGGCGUUGAGGAAGUUCUAAUGGGGGGAAACGAUAAAAAAAUCUCGGUGGCGUUACGGGCGAGCAGUGGACUUGUAUGAUGAUUUAGAGAAUCGGUUUGUGGGUUGAUGCUGUGCAGCAGUUCCGGUUAGACCCAAGGGGCAAUAUCAUGUACACACACACAAACAGGGCAUAGUAUAUGGCAAGACUCAUUUGCAUGGGGGCGCGACUCUGAUCACUCCCCUCGAU